AUGGCUGGACUUGUUGCGUAUGCAAGCAGCGAUGAGGAAGAAGACGUGGCUCAGGAAGAGGUGUCAUUGAGGAUUGCGGGUAGCCUACAGGCCCAACAGCCAGCCAGUCCUAGCGAGGCGCCAGACAGCGUGAAGCCUGCUGCAGGUGCUGAGGGGCAAGCAUCUUUGGAGACGCAACGGACAGGGACACCUCCAGCAGAAAGCUGUGAAGACGGGCAGCUUCAGAAGGAUGUGCCGGACCUGGGAACUCGCGCCGAUGAAUCUAACGUCUUGAUCGGCCCUGCAAGGCCGGAUGGCAGUAACGGUGCAGCGGCACUUCUGCCGGCCGACGAUGACGAUGACGGAAACAGCAACGGCGAUGGCGACGGCGAGCCACCGCUGUCUCCGUACUCGGCCGAGCGGGCUCUACUGCGGCAGCUGACGCUCCCGCGUGUGGCGGAUUUUGCCAUCCCAGGCAGCCCGCCCGGGACGCCGCCGCCGGGCCUAGAGACGCUCAGCAGCAAGUUCGACACGUUUCUGGCGCUCAAGCGCGACAAGGCAACGCACUUCAACGCGCGUCUAGCGCAGUCCGGAGCGAUGAAGAACCCAGCCGUGAUGGACAAGCUGAUGGCUUUUGUGGGGCUGGACGGCACAGGGCCGGCACAGUAUGGCACAGUGCUGCCAGCCGAAGUCUGGAACCCAGACGCGGAAGACAGGACAGCGCCCGUUUUUCCCGACUGGGCUUACCGACAUCCGCUGCGCAAGGUACAGGAGGAGCUGGGACGGCAACGGGCGCGGGCGGCCGGGGAGCGGGUCGAGUUUGUAGUAGCGACGGCCUCGCGGACUGGCAGCUCGGCUGCAGGGACAACAACAGCAUCAAUAGGACCGAUCACCGGGAAACGGAAGAGCAGGUUUGAUUGA